AUGCUACCUUUUGCUUUAUUUCGGCAUGUAGCUGGUGCGGUUAUGGCUACAACUGCUGCUAAGUACACUGUUAAGACAUUCAUCAUGCCUUUGGGUCCCACGGCCAAAACGCUGGCUGAAGCGUCGACCGAGGUCAAUCUUGCAGCUAUCCCCGAAGGCAAAAACUUGGUUGUAAAGUGGCGCAACAAGCCCCUUUUCAUAAGACAUCGCACAGCAGAGGAAAUCAGUCGGGAACGCGCGGUGCCCCUGAGCAACCUAAGGGAUCCUCAGCGUGAUGAAGAUCGAGUGCAGCAAGACAAAUGGUUAAUCUGCCUGGGCGUAUGCACUCACUUGGGUUGUGUUCCGAUCGCACAUGCUGGUGAUUACCCUGGGGGAUUCUACUGUCCUUGUCACGGUAGCCACUAUGACGCAUCCGGGCGUAUCCGCAGAGGUCCUGCCCCGUUGAACCUUGAAGUCCCGGAAUACAAAUUUCUUGACGAGAAUACUGUUCUCGUCGGUUAA